UGACCACUGCAGUUGGGGAGAAGACAAGAUGGCGCUGCAGACCUGCCGGAGGAUGGAGACGGUUUCUUCUGUCGUUUUCCUUCUCUUCCUCACCUUUACAACCGGUAUCCAUGGAGACCGGCUGACGGUGCUGCAGGCUCCAGAGUUCGUGAGCUUCCAGACGGGCGACUGGCCGGUUUCCGGGGAGAAGAUCCCCGACCUGGUGGCCCUGACGAUGGGCUUCUCCGUCCAGGAGGACCUGCAGUGGCCGGGGCUCCAGGCCGGCCCGCUGUUCCAGCGGCCCCGGGCCAACGUGCUGGUGGUGGUGAGGGGGACCGACAGCCUGGACCUGCCCCAGAGCGUGGCCUCCUACCCCCUGGAGAACCCGGUCCCCUUCACCCUGGACGGCGUGGCGGAGACGGUCCACUCUCUGUUCGCCGAGUUCACCCCGGUGGUGCUGCAGCUGGCCCCCAGCGAGGAGCGUCUCUACAUGCUGGGCAAGGCCAACGCCGUGUUCGAGGACCUGCCCGUCACCCUGCAGCAGAUCCGGGCCCGUCUGUCCCAGGAUGGCUCGGUUCUCACCUCCCUCCCUCUCAACUCCCUCAGCAGGAACUCCGAGGCGGAUCUGCUCUUCCUGUCGGAGGUCCAGGUUCUGCAUGACAUCACAGCUCUGCUGCAGCGGCACCGACAUCUGGCCAAGGAUUUCUCCCCGGACCUGUACUCGCUGGAGCUGUCGGGCCUCGAGGAGCUGAGCCGCGUCUACGGCAAAGACUCUCCUCAGUACCGCGACGCUACGUCCAUCCUGGCCUCCGUCCUCCAGAAGUUUGGGGAGGACGUGUACCGUCUCUACGGCAACAGUGCGGUGGUGGAGCUCGUCACGGUGAAAACCUUCGAGGCUCCUCUGACCAGGAAGUCCCGCUCCAUCCUGGAGUCCCGGCAGAUCAGCAACCCCGGCAGCCCCUACAACCUGGCCUACAAGUACAACUUCCAGUACGCCGUGAUCUUCAACAUCGUGCUGUGGCUGAUGAUCGUCCUGGCUCUCGCCGUCAUCGCCGUCUCCUACAACCUGUGGAACAUGGACCCGGGAUACGACAGCAUCAUCUACCGGAUGACCAACCAGAAGAUCCGGAUGGACUAAACCCCCAAACCCCCCUGAGCUGUGUAGUGAACGUCUGUGACCGUUUGUUUACAUCCUCCUCAGCUCACAUCCCCUCAACUCCUCACUAACUUCAUUCCCUUCUCCUUUUGUUGAUUUAACUGUUCUGGGUUUUGUUUGUGUAAGAUAAUGUGUUGUAAUGUGAAAGAAUGAGUUUGAUCUGGGUUCUUUGUGCUGCUUUUGUUGUAAGUUAAAUGAAAUUGAUGUGUAUAUAUUGAAUAUUGAGUAUAUGAAGAGACGGCUGUGCUACCGUUGUGGACGUGUGUUGCUUUUGUUCCAGAUCAGAUAGAAACACUCGUCAUAGUGGAUGUUGAAGACUAAUAAAUAUAAAUGAAAGCUCUGUAAAAUGCGAUAAAUGCUUAUCAAUAAAUUAUUGGAUGGAUCAGAA